UGUGGAAAAGAUUGUGGAUAGCAAAAAGGAUACGAAUGAGGAUGACAGAGAUAAAGGCUGGGCGUGGGUAGUUGCUUUUGCAUGUUUCGUAUCUACAUUUACUACUUUUGGAUUCGGUAGAACGAAAGGUAUAUAUUACGAUGCCUUCAAGAAGCUGAAUUAUACCAGCAAAGAAGCUGCCUGGCCUUUCACUUUAAUGUCAAUAAUGAUGCAAUUAUCAGGUGUAAUGUUUUCCCCACUGAUGUAUUAUCUAACAAUUAGGAAAUUAGUAAUUAUUGGGAGUAUUAUUUCAGCUUUAGGAAGCAUCAUGUGUUACUUUUCUACUAACUUCAUCUUCAUUCUCAUCGGUUUAGGCAUCGUAAAUGGUGUAGGAACCGGAAUGAUUAAUACUUGCAAUCCUGUUAUUCUAAGUAUGUACUUUAAGAAAUAUAUAACUACAGCAAUGAGCAUCGGUUCCAGUGGUUCUUCUGUUGGCGCAUUCAUACUCUGUCCCUUAACGUAUUUGCUUAUUGAAAACUAUGGAAUUAAAGGUAGUUUCUUGAUGCUUGGAGGAAUUAUGCUUCAGUGUUUACCAGCCGCGUGUCUUUAUCGCCAACCAAAAAUUGCCAAUGAUAUUCAGAAGGCACCCAACAACGAAUCGAACAGAAAAGAUAAAUUCAAAGCAUUCAAAAUAACGUGGAAAAUCUCUAAAAAUCCAAUUUUUCUGUUGAUUGCCUUUACAUUUUCAGUUUUCAAUUUGUUUCUCUAUACAUUACAAACCAUUAUAGUGUAUUACGCGAUGGAAAAAGGGGUAGAUAAGCUCAGUGCCGUUUUCUUAAUAUCUGCUAAUGCCAUCGCAGAUUUUGUAGGACGUUCAGUCGUAGGUUGGAUUAUGGAAGUUUUAAAGGUUAAAAAUUCCAUUUAUGUUAUGAUGUGUUACCUAUUUUUGGGAGUUUUGAGCUGCUCGCUUUCAUAUUUGUGGAAUUAUGUAGAAUUUGUAAUUGUAUUUUGUGCCAUCGGAGUGUUUUUUGGAUGCCUAAGAGUGGAACAAACUGUCCUUAUUGCAGAAUACGUAGAUUCGAAUGAUUUACCCAUUGCAGUAGGACUUUGCAACUCUGUAAUUGGAUUGACACUAAUCUUGCAAGUGCCGUUAGUAGAUUAUUCCGAUCAUGGAUACGAUAAUAUCUUUUUCUUAUUUUCUUCUUUGUUAUUCCUUUCGGCAUUUUUGUGGUUGUUGGAGCCAUUGAUUGAAAAAUGUCAGAAAACAAAUAAAGAAACGAUUUUAAACAAUUUUGUCAUGGGAAAUUCGAGAAGUAGCAUACGAAAACUAAAUAAUGGCCUACCUCAGGGCUCUGUCCUGGCACCAUUGCUUUUUAGUCUUUACAUAGCUGACUUGCCUCAAACAAAGGCAAGGGCAUUUGGAUAUGCAGACGAUUGGGUGAUUGCCACGAGACAUAAAGACCUUGCAAUUACUGAAAAGAUCCUGACAGAGGACUUAUCAACCUUAGGACAAUAUUUUCGCCAGUGGAGACUUCAAUUGAAUAAAACAAAAACUGAAGCUACAUGCUUUCAUCUUAAUAAUAAGCUGGCAAAUGAAGAAUUAAAGGUUUACUUUGACAACAAUUUAUUGAAACAUAAUAUGAACCCGAAAUAUCUUGGCGUCACUUUGGAUAGAACUUUAUCUUUUAAAACACAUCUGAUGAAUUUAGCUGCCAAGGUUAAUACCAGAAACAACAUCCUCCAAAGACUAUGUGGAACUACAUGGGGUUCUUCGCCGUCCACCUUACGGAUCUCUGCUCUUGGCUUGGUUUUCUCUGCAGCAGAAUACUGUGCACCGGUAUGGAUGAACAGUACUCACAUUAAAAAACUGGAUGCCCAACUAAAUGCUACUCUACGUAUCAUAACAGGAUCAGGAUGUAUGCAUGUUGUUUGUGCAAUAAAAACAAUGAAUGUAGUUGUUUUGCCGCAACACAACACCCGAAAGAGUGAAGAGAGAACAUAUACCAUGGAUAUGAGAAAUAUGAAGGACGAGAGGGAUAAAGGUUGGGCAUGGAUAAUCGCUUUUGCUUGUUUCGUCUCUGCCUUUACUUCUCAAGGAUUUAUGAGAACUAAAAGUGUCUAUUAUGAGGCAUUCCAAUCCAAGUUGGAUUAUAGUGCUGCUCAAGCAACUUGGCCCUUCACCCUGAUGACUGCAUUGAUACAAAUGGCAGGUGUUUUAUUUUCGCACCUUAUAUAUUACUUAACAAUAAGGAAAGUGGUAAUUAUAGGAAGUAUCCUGUCUGCAACAGGUUGCAUCAUGUGCUAUUUUAACACACAUUACGUUUACAUUCUUCUUGCUCUCGGCAUAGUAAAUGGUAUGGGAACCGGAUUAUUUUAUGCAUUUAAUCCUGUUAUCGUCAGCAUGUAUUUUAAUCGAUAUAAAACUAUAGCAAUGGGCAUUGCAACAUGUGGAUCUUCUAUAGGAUCCUUUGCGCUGGCUCCUUUAAGUUUAAUCCUGAUAGAAAAUUAUGGAAUUGAAGGUAGUUUAUUGAUUCUAGGAGGAAUUGUACUUCAAUGUCUACCAGCUGCCUGUCUUUACCGUCAACCGAAGAUGGCUAACGACAUUCAGAAAUCACCUUGCAACAAUUCAAAUUCCAAAGAGGAAGAUGGAGUAUUUAAAAUAAUUUGGGAUAUUAUCAAAAAUCCUCAUUUUUUGAUUAUUGCAUUUACGUUUUCUAUGUACAAUUUAUUUAUGUAUACGUUGCAAACUAUUACAGUAGAUUACGCAAUGACAAAAGGCGUGAAGAAAUUGACUGCAGUCUUUUUUGUAUCUGCCAAUGCACUUUCCGAUUUUAUUGGACGUUUUGCAGUGGGUUGGUUUUUAGAGUUUAGACUUAUUAAAAAAGUUACAUUUGUUACGAUAUGCUUCUUUUGUUUGGGAGGAUUAGGAUGUGCUCUUCCAUAUUUAUGGGAAUACAUAGGAUUCAUGAUCGUUUUCUGCGCACUUGGAGUGUUCUUUGGAUGUCUGCGAGUAGAACAAUACAUUCUACUCUCCGAAUACAUGGACAUGGAAAAACUACCAAUCGCUGUGGGACUGUGCAAUUUCACUAUUAAGCGAAGACGAGCCACUUCGAUCUCUCCCAUGGAAGCUAAAGAAGUGGAUAAGGACGAGAGAGAUAAAGGUUGGGCAUGGGUUGUCGCUUUUGCAGCUUUUGUAUCCACUUUUACUACUUUAGGAUUCAUGAGAACGAAGAGUGUCUACUACGAAACUUUCAAGAUAUGCUUGAAUUACACUAGCGAGGAAGCAACGUGGCCUUUCACUUUAAUGACAGCGUUGAUACAAAUGUCAGGUAUAGUGUUUUCUCACUUGAUAUACUAUCUAACAAUUCGAAAAUUGGUAAUUAUUGGAAGCAUCUUAUCUGCUGCAGGAAGCAUAAUGUGUUACUUUUCUACACAUUUUAUUUUCAUUCUCAUCGGUUUAGGUAUUAUAAACGGUAUAGGGACUGGAUUGUUUUCAACAUUUAAUCCUGUUAUAGUCAGCAUGUACUUUAAUCGUUACAAAACUACAGCUAUGGGCAUUGCAACAUGUGGUGCAUCUGUAGGAUCAUUCGCACUGGCACCAUUGUCUUACCUUCUAAUCGAAACAUACGGAAUCAGAGGAAGUUUCCUCAUCUUAGGAGGAAUCAUACUUCAAUGUUUGCCAGCUGCUUGCCUUUAUCGUCAACCACAAAUGGCCAAGGACAUUCAGAAGUCUUCAAAUAAAACAUCGGAAACAGAAAAGUUAAGUGCCUUAAAGGUAACUUGGGAAAUUCUUAAACAUCCGAUUUUUCUAAUGAUAUCUUUUACAUUUUCAAUGUACAAUCUAUACAUGUACACGUUGCAAACCAUUAUGGUGGACUACGCGAUAAUGAAAGGGAUAAGUAAACUAACUGCUGUGUUUUUUGUGUCUGCUAACUCGAUUUCCGAUUUUAUUGGACGAUUUGCCAUCGGAUGGCUCCUAGAUCUUGGAAUCAUCAAAAAAGUAACUUUUGUAGUGAUAUGUUACUUUUGUUUGGGAGGUUUAACUUGUUCUAUGCCCUAUCUAUGGGAGUAUAUUGGAUUCAUGGUAGUAUUUUGUGCACAGGGCGUAUUUUUUGGCUGUUUGCGAGUAGAACAAUACAUUCUCCUUUCAGAAUAUCUGGAUAUGAAUAAAUUGCCUGUUGCAGUAGGAUUAAUGAAUUUUAUUAUUGGAGUAGUCCUAUUCCUUCAAGUUCCUUUAAUAGGAUAUUUUGAAGGAAUAAAUCGAUAUGAUUAUCUUUUCUUCUUAUUAGCAGCUGUGCAAUUUUUUUCUUCAGUUUUAUGGAUGUUGGAGCCUUUAGUUACGAAAUGCCAAAAAAGAAACAGACAAAUUACUCCUUUAUAA